CGCCGUCCGCGACCUCCGAUGACUGAUGGACGUCUUUGUUUCUUCUUCUCCCCUCCAGGUGUCGAUGUCGUUGAAUCCCGGCGCCCCCUCGCAGACGCCGCCGGAUUUCGACCUGCUGCACGUGAGAGCCGAGGGAGACAACGACACGCUGCACUUCCUGUUGUGCAGCCAGGGGGCGCCGACGCUGCUGCUCAUCCACACCAACACUUCUUCUUCUACUGUGGAGGUGAACUGGAGUCAGUUUUCAGCUCGUAACAUCAGCGGCGGCCUUAAGGUGGAGCCAGAGAGCAGCGUCCUCUACAGCAGCGCCGUCGUCUUCAGCAGGGUCAGAGACUUCCACCUUAAAUACACCUGCCCACCCUAAAUCACUCAGUCCACCUUAAAUCAGUCUGUCCACUUUAAAUCACUCUGUC